GCUGUAAGUUGGAAGUGGGAGUGUCGUCAUGUCUGCUGACCCCCUCUGCCUCACCAGGAGCGGCUGAAGAGCGAGGGAUGAAUGAAGGAAUAGGUGGCUUUGUGAAGUUGGAGACAGGUGGCAUGAGCCCGGUGGACUGGACUGUAGCAGACGUGGCCAGCUACUUCACCACGGCUGGAUUUCCAGAGCAGGCGCUCGCUUUCAGGACACAGGAGAUCGACGGGAAGUCCCUCCUUCUGAUGCAAAGGAAUGAUGUGCUGACAGGCCUGUCAAUCAGACUUGGUCCCGCCCUAAAGAUCUAUGAAAGACACGUGAAGGUUCUGCAGAGGACCCAUUUCCAAGAUGACGAAGCUUUCUGCUGAUACAC